AUGUCAGGCUUCUUUGGCGCUCCGAUCGAGAGCCUGUGUGAGAUCUCGGUGACUGACAUAUACUUUCAGCACGAACGAGGCACUUACAUUGCCCUGUACGCCCUUCUCCUGGCUGGCUCCAAUUUUCUGGCACCAAUCCUGGCUGGCUUCAUUGCCGAUUCUUGGGUUGGUCAAGAUGGCAACAUCGAAGAUUUUGGGUUGACUUCGUUCUAG